GCCCCAUAGAGAGAGCUUUUUUUGUUUCUUCUCAGGGACCCACCAUGUGGUCCAACAUCAGUGCUGCUCCUUUUCUACUGACUGGCUCCCCAGGUCUGGAGAUAUUUCAUCCUUGGAUUUCUGUCUCCUUCUUUGUCAUUUAUGUCUCCAUACUCCUCAGCAAUGGUACCCUCCUCUUCCUUAUCAGAGAAGACCACACUCUCCAUGAGCCAAUGUACUACUUUUUGGCUAUAUUGGCAGCCACGGACCUUGGAGUGACUUUGACAACAAUGUCCACUGUGCUGGGUGUUCUGUGGCUUGAUCACAGGGCAAUCAGCCAUGGAGCCUGCUACUUUCAGUCCUAUCUAAUCCAUUCACUCUCUGUUGUGGAGUCUGGAGUCUUGCUCGUUAUGGCCUAUGAUCGUUUUAUUGCCAUCUGCAAUCCCCUGAGAUACACCUCCAUUUUCACCAUUGCUAAGGUGGUGAAGAUAGGUCUAGGGGUUCUAAUGAGGGGCUUUAUACUUAUUGUUCCCAUAAUCACCACCCUCUCUGGAUUCCCCUACUACAAAUCCCGUGUCCUCUCCCAUGCUUUCUGUUUGCACCAGGAUGUGAUCAAACUGGCCUGUGCCGACAUCACCUUCAAUAGACUCUAUCCUAUAGUCCUGGUCUCAUUAACUGGUUUCUUGGACUCUGUGCUUAUCCUUAUCUCUUAUAUUCUAAUCCUUAAUAGUGUCAUGAGAAUUGCCUCAGUUAAGGAACAGGCUAAGGCUCUAAACACUUGUGUCUCCCAUAUUAGCUGUGUUUUGUUUUUUUAUGUCACCGUGACUGGGCUGACCCUCAUUCAUCGAUUUGGGCAAUAUGUGCCACAUGUAGUUCAUAUUAUCAUGAGCUAUAUCUACUUCCUCUUCCCCCCAUUUAUGAAUCCAAUAAUCUACAGUAUUAAGACCAAGCAGAUAAGGAAUGGUAUCAAUCGCCUUCUCUCUUUCCAUAGAAUUUGA